AUGUUCGACCUCUUCGCCAUGCUCCUCUCCUCCGUCGCCUCUUUCCUCUUCCCCAUCUUCGCCUCGUACAAGGCCCUCAAGACGUCGGAUCCCGCCCAGCUGACCCCAUGGCUCAUGUACUGGGUCGUCUUCUCCGUCGCCCUGCUCGUCGAGUCGUGGCUCCUCCCCGUCCUCUCCUGGGUGCCCUUCUACGGCUACGCCAGGCUGCUCUUCCUGCUCUACCUCAUCCUCCCCCAGACGCAGGGCGCGCGCAUCAUCUACGAGGAGCACGUCCACCCGUUCCUCCAGGACAAUGAGGCCAGCAUUGACGACUUUAUCGCGUCCGCCCACGAGAGGCUCAAGACGGCCGGCCUCUCCUAUCUGAAGCAGGCCAUCGAACUGAUCAAGACAAAUGUCCUGGGCCUGCCACCGUCCCGAGAGCCCCCCGCACCACCUCAAACCGAGGCCACGUCCCCGCAAGGCUACACACAGUCUCUGCUCGCUCGGUUCAGCGUGCCCGCCGCCAAAUGGACCGGGUCGGCCAACGCGGGCGCCGAUGUGUACAACCUCCUGGCGAGUGCCGUGGCCGCCGCGGUCACGGCAGCCGGUCACUCCCGUGGCGCCGAGAACAGCAUCAUCCCACCCAACAUGCAGUCCUCCGGCGAGAAGAUAACCUUUAUCGCCGCGCAGAGGGAGAAGCUCGCCACGCUCCUGUCAGCGCUGGACGCGGAAGCGCAGCAGCUGCAGACAGCCGACGCCCAAGCGCACCUCGACGCUGCCGACGAGGACGGCGAGCCGACGCAGCGACCACCCAGCGGGCUGAGCGCCCUGAGCAAGAGCCGCAGCGAGACGGACUUUGAGAAGAUCGAGGCGGACAGCGAGGACGAGGCCUCUCUGCGCCGGCGACAGAACACGCCCGGCGGAGGCGGCUGGAUGCCUUGGAGCUGGGGCGCGGCCCAAGAUCCGGCAAAGAGCUCGGGAGUCGAUCGGUAG